AUGGGCUCCGGGCACGGAGAAACUCCCUCCACAUCCAUCUCCAUCUUCCCAUUCACUGGAGGACAAGACAAAAGCGGAGCGCAGAUUUGACAGCCGCCGGCGGCGGCUCAGCUGCCGGUGGCACGCAUGGCUCGCCGAGGAGGAGCCGCCUCCCGCGCGCCCUCCCUCCCGCUAGCCUUCGCCCGCGCGCCCCGCAGCUCCGCUCCGCUCGGCUCCGGCACCGGCGGCGGGCCCGGGGAGCGCGAGCAGCGGGUGGCCGCGCGUCCUCGGAGCAGUGGCCUUCAGGAGCCCCCGGCAGUCCCGCUAAGCCGAGCGCAUCCUGGAGGCUGCGGUAGCGACGCCUCCCAGCCACGCGCCCAGCGCCGGGGCCGCCCGGGGACUCCCUCCCCAGCUGGGCCUCCGAUCCUCGUCGCUUUCCAGCCUCUCCGGGGGCCUCUCGGCGUCUCCCCUCCCCUCCGCUCUGAACAAAGUUACUGGAAGAACAAUCGCAUCGCUGGGACCUGCCGGCGAAACUGA